GGCGGUGGCGGCGGCGGCCGCUCGGGGACCACUGGCAGCGGCGGGAGCUCGCGCCCGCGCCCUCCACGCACCCGAGGCGUCCCCCGGAGACCGACCCCCCGCCCCGCGGCCCAGGCCGGGGCCCCGAACCCAGCGGGUGCCGCGUCUCCACCUGGGGCCUCCAUCGCCCUCACCGAGCCAUGUUCCAGGCUGCAGAAGCCGCCCAGGCCACCCCCUCUCAUGAAGCCAAAGGCGGCGGUGGCAGCAGCACUGUCCAGCGCUCCAAGUCCUUCAGCCUUCGCGCCCAGGUGAAGGAGAGCUGUGCGGCCUGCCAGAAGACCGUGUACCCCAUGGAGCGGCUAGUGGCCGACAAGCUCAUUUUCCACAACUCUUGCUUCUGUUGCAAGCACUGUCACACCAAGCUGAGCCUGGGCAGCUACGCGGCACUGCACGGGGAAUUUUACUGCAAACCCCACUUCCAGCAGCUGUUUAAAAGCAAAGGCAACUACGACGAGGGCUUUGGCCGGAAGCAGCACAAGGAGCUCUGGGCCCACAAGGAGGUGGACCCUGGCACCAAGACGGCCUGAGGCCCCUCUGCCGGCCACUGUCUCUGCAGAAGAGGGCCUGGAGUGGGGCAGUAGGGAGGGUGGGAAAGAGUGGACCUGCUCUUGGGGUGGGGGGGUGGAUCCUGGGGUGCAUCCCAGGGUGGGAUAGGGACAAGGCCAUCUUGCUCAGGCAGAGGGUUGAGGGGGCAGGGCUCUGCUCCAGGAUUCCUUCAUUCUCCCUGGGUGGGGGUGGCUCGGGAAUCAGGAUUGGGGUUUGUUCACCACCCUGCUUCCUACUUCUUUCAGCCUCCCCCUAUGGCCCCUUGGGAGGCCCCCAAGCCCAGCUUCCCUAUCUAGGUGCCUUUUCUCCAGUAAGGAGUCAGCAUGCCCCCUCAGGGUCCCAAGCUCCCUCACUGCCACCUGGGGCUCUCUGCGGCCCUCAUGUCUCCCCAUCUACCUCUGCCCUUAGCCUGGUCCUGAGCCAUGGAGACCGGAGGAAGGAGAGCCAGUGUGUCCUUGCUGGGCCUCCCGGAAUGCCCACCAAGGCCCUGGCGGGGGGAGGGGGAGGAAGUGGAUUAGCCCUGCCCUCCCCCAAAAGGCGAAGCACGACUUGCCCAGUGGGGCUUGGGACCCAUCUUGCACCACCGGAGUCACGAAGCGGAAGCUAAAGCACCACCGCCAGGCUGAGAGCCACAGAGACUGGCUGGGGGCUGGCAUCCGCCAUGCUCACCUUCUCUUUCUCCCCUGUUGCUGCCGGUUCUGACUGUUGUGAUCAACCCUAUUUUAAAUAUGUUUUAACAGAUUCUGA